AUGGGGCAAGCUUGGGAGGGGUCGGGUGGGAUGGGUCCUGGAUUCGCCUCGAAGCAGCAUCAGUGGGCAAACCAGUGCCCUUCCACUCUGCAGCAGCAGCAGCAGCAGCAGCAGCAGCAACCUCGGCGGCGGCGGCGGCAGCAGCAGCAGCAGCAUCAGCACGAGCAGCAGCAGCAGCAGCAGCAGUUCCAGGAGCAGCCUCCAGUCCAGUCAGGCGUUAGCUAUGUGCCUACUAGAUCUGAGUGCUUGCUAGCUACUGGGCAACCGGCCCCUCCUCAGUUACCCACACCCUCCUCCUUCCUCCCUGACGUUUCGUCUGCUUCCCUCUGCGCGCCUUCUCUUCCUCCAGGUCAAUCCCCUCGUUGGUCCUCCGCCUUUGUUUCCCUUCCGCUCUCGUACUCCGACUAUACCCUCCCCGAAGGCCAACUCCACGUUGGUCCGCAUCUUCCGCUCCUUGCCGGCCGCUUUCGCUUCCUCCAGUCGCUCUCCGAGGGCGGCUCGGCGCGCGUGUUUGUGGCAGAGGACACGUGGCACCCGUCGCAGAGGACGGUGGUGGUGAAGGCGAUGCAUCGCCAUUAUCGCGAGGUGGGGCUGCAGGAGCAGCAGCUGCUGCGCUUCCUCAACACCAUCGUGGAUCCCCACGAUUCCUGCCGCAUCGUGCGUCUCCUCGCGGGAUUCGAGUUCCACGGCCACACGUGCCUCGUGUUAGAGCGCCUGCAAGGCAGUCUGCUCGAGCACAUGUGCCGCCCUGCCGACUCUCCCGGCUCCGCUGCCGCCGCCGCCUCCGCCGCGAACGCCGCCGCUUCCGCUGCGAAUGUCGCUGCAGUCGCUGUUGCCGCGGCGGGGAUGACGUCGGGUUCCGGUGAAUUGGCGGCAAAAGGGGCGAGCGAUCUGGUUGGGGCGGCAGCGGCGGCCGUGUCGGCGGCGGCGACUGCAGCAGAGACGGCAGCGGAGACGGCAGCGGCGCGGCUGGAGGAGAUUCGCAGCCUGGCUCACGAUCUGAUCGUGUCCAUCGCUGCGCUCCACGCGUCAGGCAUCAUUCACGGGGAUCUCAAACCGGAAAACAUUCUCAUGCAGCCGCUCCCGUACCCCCCCUCCCCCCCUCGCGCGUCUUCUACCUCUGAUCCGUACGGCCGUCACGACGCGUCUGAUUCUUCUCCGUUUUUCUCCAACACCUCUACCUCCUCUCGUGUCUCCCCCGGCGGUACCGUAUCCGUCGUCGCGCCUGACAACGGUUACUCGCAGUACCCCGCGUCGCUUGGGCUCGUGUCCGCCUCCUCUGUCGGCGAUCUCAAUGCGUCGCCGUGGACGGGUGGUGCGACGGAUUCCCAGGCGAAGGCCGAUGGGUCGAUGGCGGCAGGACGGUCGUCAUCGUGGCGCAGCGCGCACGAGUCGGGGGCGCCGUCGGGUUACCCGCUGCCCUACAGCGGCAGCAGCGGCGGCGCAAGCAGUCGUGCGAGGGCCGCGGCGGCGCCGCCGCAGGUGGCGGCGAAGAUCGCGGAUUUCGGCAACUCGUUCACGCCGGAGCAGAUCCGCACGCUGUGCCACGACUACAACGUGCAGACGCUCGCGUACCGCGCGCCCGAGGUGCUGCUGGGCGUGCCGUUCUCCGCCGCCAUCGACCUCUGGUCGCUCGGGUGCAUCCUCGCGGAGCUCGCGACAGGGCAGCUGCUCUUCGCGUGCGAGUCCCCGCAGCACCUGCUGCAGCAGAUGGUUGCGCUGCUCGGCGUCGCCCCGCCAGCGUGCCUCUUCGGCUCGGGGAAGUUCUUCCCGAAGCUCACGGCCGCCGCGGGCGUGCCACGCGUGUGCUGCUGCAGGACGGAAAGCGGCGGCGGGAUGGCGGUGUGCUUCCGCGGGUGCAGCGGAGGAGGGGGAGGUGGUUGGUAUGGCGGGGUUGCGGACGGAUGCGGCGGGUACUGCGCGCCGAUGGCGUUCAACAUCUUCGCUCCUGGGCACUCGCACCUGGGGGACGCGCUGGCGGCCGUGGACGCGCAGCUGGCGGAUCUCGUGGCGGGGCUGCUGCAGUACGACCCGCGCGUGCGGCUCUCCGCGCAGCAGGCGCUCUCGCACCCUUUCCUGAAGCCCCUGCGCAGCUCUUCCUCCUUCGGCUCCUCCUCCUCGCUCGCCUCCAAGGACUUCUCGCACCCUCUCACUCCCUGCACCGUGCUCCCCACGCCUGCCCUCGCCUCCCCUCUCACCCUCUACUCCUAUCACCCCAACAUGCACACCAUGCCCGUGCCGUCUCUCCUCCUCCCUCCGUCCUUCACCUCUGGUUCCUCCUGGGCCGUUCCCACUGCCGACGCGGCUACUGUCACGCCAGUUGAAGCGGCAGCGGCGGCGGCAGGAGCAGGGAGUGCGGGUGGGCACGCGGGAGCUGCUGGUGCGGCGGGUGCACUGCGCGCAAGGGAGGAGGUCUUUGGUGUGGCUGCGCUGGGGGGCGGUCAGCAGGGGUCGGGUUCUGGUCCGCAAGGGGCGCAUGGGCUCUGGUCGUUGCAGCACGCUGCAGCGGUAGCUCAGGCGGGAGCAACAGCACCGUGCAAAGUUUCCAUGCAGCAGCAGCAGCAGCAGCAGCAGCAGGGAGGGCAUGGGCAGGAGCGUGUUUCAGCAUGGGGCGGUGUGAUGAAUGGUUCGGGAAUGGAAGCGAGGAACGGAGCAGCAGGCGAGUCACAAGAUCUGUACGCAGCAGCGUCAGCUGCAGCCAUGGCAGACGCAGCAGCGGCGGCAGGGAUGAGUGCAGGGGCGAAUGGGGACAUGAGCGGAGCACAUGGGUGGUGGAGCGAGGGGUUGGGUGGGGGUCCGUGGUAUGCCCCCGCCGCGGCAGCGCAGUCUCACGCGCACUGCAUGAGCUUUGCGCCUGGUGCUGCUGGCGCGGGUGCUUCCGGGCAUCCCAAGGGCCUGGUGUUUGAGCCUCUGAGUCCCGUGGCAGGCCGGGCGGGGACGGGCGGGGUGAGCGAGCGGGAUGCACGUGGGCUGGUGGGCGUGGCGAGUACUGAGUUGCUGCUGGCGCCAAUGACUCCCUGCCAGGCCAGGGAGGCGCACGUGGUGGGAUGGGAGAGUGUCGCGGCAUCAGGGAGGAAAGGGGGAAGGGGUGCAGGCGCAGGGACAGGGGCGGGUGCAGGUGCAGGAGCUGGAGCUGGGGCAGGGACGGGGGUGGAAUCAGGAGCAGAAGUUGGUUCGGGGAUGAGCUAUGUUGAGCAGAUGUAUGCGGUGUAUGAGGCGCAGCAGGGGAGUGCGCAUCAGUAUGUGGCCAGUGGUUAUGAGGGGCUGCAGCAGCAGCAGCAGCAGCAGCAGCAGCAGCAGCAGCAGUAUCUUCAGUACCCUCAGCACGGGGAAUAUCAGCAGCAAGUGAAGUUUCAGCAGCAGCAGCAGCAGCAGCAGCAGCAGCAGCAGCAGCAUCAGCAGCAGCAGGAGAGGGCACAGCAGCAUCGUGGGGUGAUGGGAUAUGCCAGUGGGUUUUGUGGCAUCAGCAGCAACACCAGGGAUAGCUGGACUCAUCAGGAUGCAUCUUUUGUGGGAGAAACGGGAGUAGCAGGGGCAGCAGCUAGGGUGUGUGAGGAGGAGAGCAAGUGGGCGGGGGGGAGGAUGGGGGGCGCAUGUGGGGUGGAGUACAGCUGGGUUGGUGAUGUCCUUAGCACAGCAGGCGCUGAGUGGGCUGUGGGGACUGCUGCAAGGCCAGACGACGCAUGGAGGGCUGUAGCGGGGGCUUUGCACUGCGUGGUCCUUGCUGGAUGUGUAGCUGCUCUCUUGUUUCGUCUCUCAGCUGCUCCCUGCUGUGACUCUGCCUUGACAGAAGUUCGAUGA